CUCCGACGCGUCCGUCAAACUCUCCUCCUGAGUGUUGCCGCGCAUAGCCCAUCUGUCUCCCUGAACAAACCCCGCCGUCUUACCCUCUCAGGUUUAUGAAGAUGUCGGAGGUUGACGUGGACGAGGUGAAGCGAGUGACGCGCGACAUCAUUAAGCAGGCGAAGGAGGACGGGACACUGGAUUCAGGGGAAUGGACACCUGGAAAAGUGCGGAGGGAGGUCGAGAGGCGACUCUCUCUCGAAACUGAGACGCUGGCCGCGAAGGAGUACAAGAGCGUCGUGAAGCAGACGAUCGACGCGGCUAUAGAAGGGGGAAAUAAUGAACACGAAGAAGAGACGCCGGAGCCAGAGCCUGCUAAGAAAAACAAGCCAACCAAAACGACCAAGACAGCGAAAGAGCGUAACAAAGAACCAAAGAAGAAAGCGACAGAGAAAAGUGCGCCCGCGAAGAAGUCCAGGAAGGCUGAGACACCGAAGCGUUCUGCAUCCGUAGUCCCCUCUUCGGAUGAUGAGGGUGGUGCAACUUCCUCUGCCAAGCCUGUUUCAGAGGCUCCGAAGAGGAAGUCAAAAAAGGCGGCCGUACCUGACGAGGAAUAUGAGGCCGAGUCACCAGAGCCUCCCAAGAAACGCCAGAAGAGCACCGCUGAGGUCGCAGACGUCGAGAUGCAGGACGCCGGGGCUACAUCAAACGUCGACCCUGAGGCCAGCCCCAGUGCAGCAGAUACAAAGCAAGACAGUGUGCCCAGUUACGAUCUUCCUGUCACCGUGGCAGACAGUGGUUACAAGAGUGAGUCGGAGAUGUCUGUCUUGAUAGACGAACCGCCCAAACGUGGUAGGAAGAAGGGCAAGGAUGCAGACAGUAAGAAGUCCGCAAAGGAACCCAAGGCGAGGAAGUCGAGACAACCGGCGAAGGAGCUGUCGAAGGACGAGGAAACCAUUAAACGCCUCAAGUCAUUUGUUGUGGCGUGUGGCGUACGCAAGCAGUGGGCGAGGGAGUUUAAAGAUAUCGACAGGCCGUCCGACCAAAUCAGGCGACUCAAGCAGAUCCUCUCCGACCUUGGUAUGACAGGACGCAUGAGUCUCGAGCAGGCGAAGGCCAUCCGAGAGAAACGAGAGUUUGCCCAGGAGCUAGAGGACGUCAAAAACUUCGAGAAGACCGUUGUCGCUGGGGCGCGUGCGAGUCGGUCGAAGAAAGCGCAGGCUCCCGAAGAGGUUCCCGAAGACGAAUCUGACGAGGAUAUGGCAGAGAAGCCUAAGCGACCACGGGCUACCGCUCGCCAAAGUAUCAUGGCUUUCUUGCAGGACCAGAGCGAUGAUGAGUGAUCGGUACUGCAGUGAUCCCGGGUGCCGUUCAUUAUUGUCACUGAUUUUGAUUCCUCUCUCGACUCGGUUGCUCUCUUUUCGCUGUCCGUAUGCUCUCAACAUUUCCUUCAAGCUCCCUUCCUUCUUUACUAGGUUACAUACUGGCCAUGGCAUCAUAUUGUACACAAGGCUUGCCGUAGUUGCGCGCGCACGAAGGUUGCGAGAUAUCAAUGUGUAUUAAUAUGUAGACGACUCAAUCGACUACUCGCUGUUCAUUGGGAUCGCAAUCUCAUUUGGACGACAAUUCGAA